AUGGGCUUCAACGCUCUUGUUUUCACAGGGGACUGGAAUUCUGUAGCACGACUCGUUGAUGGGGACAACAGAUGUUCUGGCCGGGUGGAAAUUCAGCACGGGGACCAGUGGGGAACACUUUGUGAUGAAUACUUCAGCUUGGAAGAUGCUGCCGUGGUCUGUGAACAGCUACAGUGUGGUGCAGUAAAGGCAACUCCCAGAGAUGCAUACUUUGGCACAGGAAACGGGCCAGUGUGGAAAGAUAACUACAUUUGUUUGGGCAAUGAGUCCCGAUUAGCUGAUUGCCAAGUCUCAGCGUGGAGUCGGAUCAGCUGUUCGCAUGGAAAUGACGCCAGCCUGAUCUGCACCGAUGAAAUGUGGUCUGUGCGGCUGACCGAAGGGGGAAGCCGCUGCGACGGCCAGGUGGAGGUUUAUGAUAAUGGCAGAUGGAGCAGAAUACAGGAUAACUUUUGGACUAUCAAUGAAGCCAAUGUCGUCUGUAAGCAACUG